AGUCAAGGAAUAGGAAAUGUCAUGCGCAUUUUGGUGAUGUGCGCGAAUUUUUUAUCAUUCUUCCUUGAGAAGAAAGUUCCAAAAAUAUAAGAUUUCAUCAUGUUAUGUAAACUUUUCGCAUUGUAAUAAAUCUGUACGUACUCUUUAUUAUUUGUCAAAACUUAUUUUCCUUGCAAAAAUUCAAAAAUAGGCCGAUUAAACGUGAAAACAAAACAAUAAUUAAAAAGUAAAUAAACUCGAAUUUGAUUUUUAUUUCACCAAAAUAACGAUUUUUGGAUCCCUAAUGUUUCCAGAAAAUCAUGGUAAAGUACAAUUAUUAUUUGUAUAAUUUCUUUUUUAAAUGAAAAAUAAAACUUAGAACUUCUUGUGAGAAGCCAUUUGUAUGACCUCAAAAAGUAAAUCUAUAAUCGCUUGACAUCGUACAGGAACAUAUGAAUUUAGUGAAUAUUUUUAAGAAUUUAUUAGUAAAAUCUCAUUUGUGGCCAGUAUUUUACAGUAUUUUUUGUAUAUUCAGCCCCUUUUAUGUAGUUUUAAUGAAAUCAUUGGGUAUUUGUUCCACACAAGGCUCCCGCAGGUCGGCCAUCGCGGCAGUUAGUGGCAAGCUUGGCUAGCGGGUAUGUGUUAGGUGAGUGAAAGUGUGUUGCUCUGUAUUUUUCUCGUUACAAAUGUGGAUUAUCACUCAAAAAACGCAGAUCCUAGCUAGUAUGGCUUUUAUCUUCUAAGAAUAUAUUCUGUACAAUGGAAUAUAAGUUGAAACAUACAACCAGCUGAUUGGUAGGCCCAGGUCAUUUUUAUAACUAAUUUUGGAGGAGAAAAUGGAACGUCCACCUCGUAACGAACCCCCUGUGGAACCUGUAAAUGGGGUGGUACAACCAUUAGUUCAUCCACCUCCAGAUAGCCCAGGGCGCGUCACAAACCAACUGCAAUUUUUGCAGAAAACCGUACUAAAGGCUGUGUGGAAGCAUCAGUUUGCAUGGCCUUUCCAGCAACCUGUCGACGCUAGAAAACUCAACUUGCCCGACUACCACAGAAUAAUCAAACAACCAAUGGACCUGGGAACAAUAAAGAAGCGCUUAGAGAACAACUAUUAUUGGUCGGGCAAAGAGUGCAUACAGGACUUCAACACAAUGUUCACAAAUUGUUAUGUGUACAACAAACCUGGAGAAGAUGUGGUUGUAAUGGCCCAAACAUUGGAGAAAGUGUUUUUGACCAAAGUGGCUGAUAUGCCAAAGGAGGAAUUUGUAGUCGAAAGUCCUAUCAAAGGGACAAAAGGAAAGAAGGGCCGAGGAAGUUCCGGCGGCCCAGGUACCCCCUCGACACCGGUGGUGGCGGCGGUUCCGCCACCAACACCAACGGCAACUGGUAGAGGCAGGCCGCCUGCUACUGUUUCAUCUACAAGUGCGACUCCAGUUGCCACUACCACAGGAUCAUCAGGUUUACCAUUGGGUACCCAAGCUCCAGCUACAGUACCAGGCAGCACAGCAACAACCACGAUAGCACCUGCAACUACCAAUAAUAGCUCUCUGGCUUCCCAGCAGCUUACUACUUCAGUUGGAUCCACACACGGAGCUGGAGCUCCUUUGGCCAAUUCCUUAGACUCUAGUGGAGUGUUACCUGGAAAUGUAAUACCUCCGGCACAACCAGCAAAGGUAAAAAAAGGCGUGAAGAGAAAGGCCGACACAACAACUCCUGCGACCGCCUAUGAUUAUCCGACCGCAUUAGAAUCGAAAUCUGCGAAAAUUUCAACGCGCAGGGAAUCAGGAAGGCAAAUUAAAAAGCCCACACGACCAGAAAUUGACUGCCAUGUACCCCAACCCGCCUCGCACAAACCUAAAGACAAAUUACCUGAGUCCAUCAAAGCCUGUAAUGAGAUCCUAAUAGAAUUGUUUUCCAAAAAACAUUCGAGUUAUGCUUGGCCUUUCUAUCAACCAGUAGAUGCAGAACUACUUGGCUUGCACGACUAUCACGACAUCAUAAAGAGACCAAUGGACUUUGGUACUGUCAAACAAAAAAUGGACAACAGAGAGUACCGCACCCCGCAGGAUUUUGCCUCUGAUGUUAGACUGAUUUUUAGUAAUUGUUACAAGUACAAUCCUUCUGACCACGACGUGGUCGCUAUGGCACGGAAGCUGCAGGAUGUGUUUGAAGUUAAAUAUGCAAAAAUUCCCGAUGAGCCAGUGAAUCGGAUAGGGCCAAGUGUGAACAAUGUACCUGUCAAAUCGGAAUCUAGUAGUUCAGGGUCUAGUUCAGAAUCUUCUAGUGAAUCUGAAGAUUCGGAGGAAGAGAGAACAAACAAAAAGUUAAAACUGCUUGAAAAAGAGUUAACGAUGAUGCAAGAGAAAAUGAAAAAGUUGGUAGAAGAGAGCUCAAAGCGGAAAAAGGAGAAAAAGAAAAACAAGGUGAAAAAGAAACCGGGUGGCGUGUCCACCGCCGCGUCGGCGAGCACGUUACCUAACAGCAGCAGUGGCCUCGGUAAGCCCUCUGGGCACGGAGCCCUAAAGUCAAACAACAAUUCGAUCGCGGACAGCGUUGACGACAGCAUCGCCAGUGUUGUGUCAGGGGCGGAUCUGAAGAUGUCGGGUGUGGGAUCCAAUGCCUCUGUGGAGUCGCAUCAUCCAGCGGGUGGCGCGCAGGGUACGGGGGCGCAACAUCCCACCAACAAGUCCCUCAACAUGCAUCACAACAUGGCGGCAGCUGGCGCCAACGCUUCCGCCCAGGCUAAAACACCUAAGAGCAAAGGAUUACGCGGAAACAAACCGACUGCUGCAACAAAUGCGGCGCCUAACAAGAGGGUAAAGGCAAACAAUAAAGCCGGUGCUGGUAGGAAGAAGAACGCGGUUCAGCCGCCUCCAAUGCAGUUUGAUUCUGAAGACGAGGACAAUGCUAAACCGAUGUCUUAUGAUGAAAAACGCCAACUGUCAUUAGAUAUUAACAAAUUACCUGGCGACAAACUGGGGAGAGUUGUACAUAUAAUCCAAUCAAGAGAGCCAUCCUUGAGGGAUUCUAACCCAGAUGAAAUUGAAAUAGAUUUUGAAACAUUGAAACCUUCCACUUUGAGAGAAUUGGAAAGUUAUGUCGCAUCGUGCCUCCGUAAAAAGCCACACAAAAAAGUGGCAGGCAAAUCCAAAGAUGAACAAAUAGCGGAAAAAAAGCAGGAACUAGAAAAAAGACUAAUUGAUGUUAAUGACAAAAUUGGCAAUUCCAAGAAGGCGCCUAAAAAAGAUGAAUCAAACAAAGUGGAUCCAACAGGUGCCGGUGGUCCCUCUGGUCGCCUCUCCUCUAGUUCCAGCAGCUCCGACUCGGAUAGCAGUAGCAGCAGUUUAUCUUCGAGUUCUAGUGAUUCCAGUGACAGCGAAGCAGGUGGUACGACGAAUAGGCCGCCAAAGAAGAAGGGGAAUAAAAAGAGUCCAAACGUAUCUGUAGGAAAUACCACAAAUACGAGUAUACAGAAACCACCGCAAUCAACAACAGCAGCACCAGCAACGACACAAGCACCUGCCAUCCCAACGGUUAAUGCUAAUGUUACUGUUACGGCUAAUGCUAACGUUAAUAUUACGCCUAAGGCAAAGAUACCUCCACCAACUACAACAAACAACAGUAGUACUACUGUUCCACCAAUCGUGAUUCCACCAGCAGCACCACAACCGGUACCGCCAACAGUUAAUGCCAAUGCUAAACAACAACUUGUUAAUGUUACUUCCGCACCGCCUCUAGUGCCGCCUAUCAGCAUCAAACCAACCGUAAUCAAUACUGUUGAAAAAUUGACCAUAGUUAAUCCUUUACCUCCUACUAUAACACCCACAGCUGUUCCGCAACCUCCGAAAUCGGUGGCUUUACCAACUCCUUCACCUGAUAAACCUAAAAUUGUAUCACCUCUUGGUACUUACACAGAUCCUAUAGAGCAAAGUUUAGCAAGUUUAGAGCAUGAUAUUAAGCAGAAUGAUCCCAUGGAAACUAUAGCUGUAUCUACUGUGCAAAUACCUACAACUACUCUGAGUAAUCCUAUUGUAUCCCAUCCUCACUUAAACCUUAAUCCUAAUGUCACCCAUCCUAUUUUACAGCCUAGUUCUAUCAGCAUGGAUUUGAAAACUCCAGUGACCAUGAGUGGUUUAGGGGCUGGAAAUAUGUUACAUCAUGGUAUGGGCAUGCCAAUGGAUAGUGAUAUUCCAAGUUUAAUACCUCCUCAAGCUAGUAUGCUGCAUGCGCAGAAUAAUGGUUUUGGCAUGAAACAUGAUUUCGACAUGUCCAUGAAUAAUAAUGGAAUAUCUUCGAUGGGUUUACCAAUGGAGAUGUCGAUAUCCUCAAUGUUUGAUCCGUUACCUCAACAUUUAAGUAAUCAGCUACUUAUUAAAAACGAUCCAACACAAGAUCGCCUAGAUGGUUUAGGCGGUCUUCUUAAUGAUAAAAAGAAUAUACCUCUAACCUCCAAAUCUAUGAGCCAAACCUUUGGAUUUAAGACUGACAAAACUGAUCAUAAUGUUAAAAAUGCCAGUUCUUGGUCGAGUCUAGCAAAAGGAAAGAGUCCGCAAAAUAACACACCCGGUGACAGUAGUAAACAGCAAGUAAUGGAUAGUUUUAAGGCGUUCCAGAAUAAGGCGAAAGAAAAGGCAGAUAGGGAAAAGCAGAGGUUAGAAAACUUGAAAAUGAAGAGACAGCAAAGAGAACAGGCCGAGAGGGAAAGAAUGAGAGUUGAAACUGAAAGAAGGAGGGAAAGAGAAGAAGAAGAUGCUUUAGAAAAAGCGAGGAAAGCUGUAGCGGAGCAGCAACAGCCAGUAUCAAAUCAGAGGGUGGAAGAAUUGCGUUCGUCUCCUGGAGAAGGUAGUACUUCGCCGGGUUCUUUAAGUUCGGGUUCGGAAAGGAUAUCGGAAAGAGAGAGGCAGAGAUUGCAGGAACAAGAACGAAGAAGAAGAGAAGUGAUGGCAAAUAAGAUAGAUAUGAAUAUGCAAAGUGAUUUAAUGGCUGCUUUCGAGGGUUCGUUAUGAACGGUGGUACUGUGCGCCGCUUGACUGAAAAAUAAUAUUAAUAAAAAAGAGACUCUCCAUGAGCCAAUUUUGUGUAAUUAUUGUAUUUAUAUGAUAAUUUUAAUAGGUGUUAACUAUUGUUAGACGCUCAAAAAAAACUAUUAGUUUUUGUUUUAAAUAAUGAUGCUUCCAAUUCAGUUCCUGCUUCUUCUUCAGAAUCAAUUCAGUUUUGUGAUUUUGUUUUAGUGGCCGGAUCUUUUUUUUUUAAGAUUUUUUUAUAUAUGUAAGUUAGAAAUUUACAGAUGAUUUGUGUAUAUAGAAUAUAAUAUAAAAAUUUAUUAUAAAAUUUGUACAGAAAUGUUGGGUUAAUUAUUGUAUUAAUUUUUAUUUAAUUAUUGUUCUUUUUUACAGACUUUUUUAUCCAAAUUCUGGAUAUAUUUUUAAGGUAAAAUCAGGGCAAAAAUUAUAUAAAUGUUUUAGGUUUAUCGUAAUAUUUUCUAACGCUCAUUUUAUACAAUUUUUGCCAUUUUAAACGAUAUUUCCUUUAUUUGGACCACCUUCGUAAUUUUAUUUUAUUUUUAAUAUUUCAAUAUCCAGUGUGAUUGCCUCCAUUUCAAACUUUUUGGAUAUUGAAUAGUCUGUAAAAUUACCUAGUUUCAAAGAAAACGAUACUCAUAGUAUUUAGUGAUAUAGCCUGCAAGAUUGUAUACUUACUUUUUUUCUAAACAUAAAAAAAUAAAUUAUAACUAAAUAAGAGUGUACCUUUAAAUAUUCAGUUCAAUAUUUUUUUAUCUUGAAAAAAUAAAACAUUUUUUUCAAUAUACUAAACAAAUCAAUUUCACAUCUAGUGUAAAACAUUUAAAACACUGUAUACGCUAUAUCAACUGACACAACUGACAGUGGUUAUUAAGCAUCGAUUUGACAAUAAUUUUAUUUAAAUUGUUUUUUAAACUUUUAUAUUGGUUAAAUCACCACAAAUUUGGUUUGAAAAUGGUAAGAAUAGAUAAGUUUGGCGCUGAUACUAUUAUUUUAACUCGACCGUAACUCCUACCUUAAAUACAUCUACAAAGUUUGCUCCUGUGGGAUUGACCUGACCACGAUUUUUCGAGAAAGAUAUUUUGAUCAAAAGGAUACUCGUAGGUAAUCUGGCCUGGAAAAAGGAAACCCCAUAUAUUUGACUUGAUUUUAUGUAAAUUUUACUUAAAUUACAUUGUUCCAAAAAUACUUUAUAAGGAAAAAAAAAGGAAAAAUAAUUCCAACUCAAAUGUGACCAGGACAUAAAGUUAAAUAAACACACACAUCAUAGUAAAUGUAAUGAAAUUCCCAAUGCACGUCAUUAACUUGUGAAAGUAGACGUUUUCACAUUGCUACAAAUUUCGAAGAUCUCAAGAAACAUUUUAUAAAAAACUAAUGUUUAAUUUGAACUCCAUCUUUUUGAACUUUAAAUAAUUAAUUCAUUAAACCUAUAUAUAAAAUUUUAAAAGCUUUCGGAAGUAGUUCUUCCAAUAUAAAUAAAUAGAAUAAAAAUAAACAACAAGUAGAGCUUUAUUCAGAAUAAGAAUCACUCUCGCAAAUAUAAUUAAAAUCAAUAAUUACAGGUAAAAUAUCCUUUCGUUCAAAUAUAACUUCACGGUCACAACAUUUCUGAAUAAUUUUAUCAGUAUGACUGAUAGAAUAGAUUUGGGAGGUUACAGUCUGUAGUGCUUCCCUCCACAUACUUAAACAAUUUUGAAUUUAGUUGCCAUCCUUACCAUUAUGCCGGUUAUAAUAAUUCUUGGCAAUAUCCCAUAUCAUUUCAAUUGGGUUAAAUGUACAAUGAUAACUGUGUGGCUAUAUUGUUCUGUAAGUUGAUCUACUAUAUACAUUUUUGGAGGUUUAUUUCUGAAAACUGUGUCAAUAAAUCUUGUUUGUAGUGUGUAGUCAGCCAAUCCUUAAUUUCGUACUUGAUUGGAAGCAUUGUUCAUAACAAUCUUGAAUUCAUGAGUAAUUGAUUCUCAUUUAAAAAAAUUUGCUUCAUUCAUUUCCCCAUGAUAGUCGAGGUUGUUACUAUUUGAUAAAAAACACUAGUUUUGCCUCAUCAAUAAAACCAUUUUCGUUACUAGCAUUAAAAACAAACACUGAAUCUGUUUCCAUCAACUCUUGUAUUUUUUACGCUCCUUUUAUCGUUGUUUUGCCAAGAGAGGUUUACUCUGCCAUUUUGAAAAAUCCUUGUUUCAUCUCGAUAAAUAAAUUUAUAUAGAGACAGAUUUUUUGUACUUAUAACUUUAAAAAAUUAAAUCGUUUACUGGCAGCAUGAGGAAGUUCCAUAAGACUCCGCCGGCGAUCAUCUUUCUUUCAUUUAAAUCCUAUAUUGGUUAAUACUGUGUGCAAUAUUUUACAGCCCGAAAACAUUUCUUUUUGCGUUAGUUUCAUGUAAUUUCGCAAGAGUUACUUGUUUCUUCUUAUACAUAUCGUAAAUAAGAACGUAGUCAGAAUUGAAAAUUUCGGUUACAGGUGUGGGAUGCGGUCGCCUUUUUUGAGGAGAAUUUAAAAUAUGGUUAUUCUUUAAUGCAUGGGAAAUUGAGCUUACCGUCAAAAUAUUCAAAUUCAAUACCGCUGCUACAGGCUCUCUGACUGCAUUUAUUGGUAAUAUGUCGUUCUUCUUCAACAUAUCUUAUUAGAGACCUUACUGAUUCUUUCGCACGGCUAUUUAAAUGCUUAUGCAUUUUAAAAAUCAAAAAAUAAAUUUGUUUAACACAAAAAUAAUACUGUUGUCAGUUUGACAGUUCAAUUAUACAUGUCAUAAAAAGACAUAUUGAUUUGGCAACUGUCCAUUACGUAUACCAAUUGCCCAUGGUAUAAAAACCAAUAAUUGCCCACUUCAAUUUGAACCCUAUGACACAGUUUAUAGCUAAAGAAUCAGAUCGCUUACUCUGCGUCGGCACUUUUUAUCCCAAUGUUCCAGUUUAUACACUGCGCAACUCAGAUAAUACAAUAUAUGACAACCGCCUAUAAUAAAACAGCAGUCUUCUGCGUAUCCUGAAUUUGUAUUCCUGGAGUGGAUGUUAUUUUGGAACUUUCAACUGGUCCGAGUGAGCUACCUGAUUCUUUAGCAAUAAACUGUGACUCCAAAAAUAAUAUUCACUGACACUGACAGCAGCAAGCAAAAUAUCAGGUGCGUUUUAAUCAUCCGCUUCUGCUUCCGGAAUUGUCGGUUCAGUCGUUCUAACCUGUCAGAUUAAAACAAGAAAACCGACAAUUCCGAAGCAGAAGUGGAUGAUUAAAACGCACCUAUUAAAAAUAUUGCGCCAAGAUGUAGGCAACACGUAAUAAGGGUUCAAAAUGGCGGAGUUUUCUAUCUCCUUUUAAAAGGCACUCAGAAAGCUGCGCAGUGCGACCAUUCUCCGUAUAGUAAAAGAAAAUCAAAGUAUGUGGUUCACUUUCAUAAACGAUUUUCAUCAUUGAUGACGCACAACGGAAAUUUCAUUGUCACACAAAAUAAGGAAAGUAGAACUCUUUGAAGUUGGCGCCUUCAAGUCGAGUUUUUCAACAACUAAUAAUACUGUUUGCCUUUAAAACUAUUUCCAGUUUACAUUAUUUUAAAUUUUGUUCUUUUGCCAAAGCCAAUUUGGUAUUGUAAUUAAUCUCUAAAUUGCAAGAAACGCAAAAAUGUCUGUUAACUUCCCAUUUCAAUCCCUUGUGAUAACAAUAGAAAAAUUAAAUUUACAGAGGCCGUUUAGUCAUUAGAAGUUUAGUCAAUGCGCAAAGUUUAAAUUUUUGAAGUAUAUUGAAAAAAAUUGACUUAGAAACGCCAUCUUCGAGAAGCUCUAGCUUCCUUAUGAAGCAUUUUCGGAUUAAGGUAAUUUAGGUUAAAUCGGACAUACAAUCAAUCUCUGGGGGUUGUAUUUGACCGAAGAGUUCUAGUGUAUAGUGUGUUCUUAACGAAACGAUCACAUGUAUUGUUUGGACCAAUUUUGUGCGCAUCCCUUGAUUUAACACUGUUUUAUUGUGGUAUCCGAUAAACUACGAGUUGUAACGCUUUUGUGACUGAUUUUUAUUUGUAGGAAUUCAAACUUCUUUUUGUUGAUUACAACUACGAGUAGCAUCGGAAUUUUUAAUCAUAUUUACAAAAAAUAAAAUAUUUUUUUAAUUUUCUGCGAUAAUCUUCAUUUACCCAUUUAAUUGGUAAUUUAGAAGCAAAUUGAUAUUAAAAAACUUAUUGUUUAUUAUCGCCCCCAUAAGCAGCUAAUAGAAUAAUUACAAACGGUUACAACGUUACUAAGUAUUUUACCUGAAAGGCGAAUAUUUUUAAAACACUUGUUUUCUUCUCGUAAAUCGUAGAUAGUUUCGGUGGUUAGUUAUUGUAUUUAUUUUUGUUCUAAUUGUCUUUUAUUUAUAUCCGACUUUUGAGGACGCUUCAAACUGACCCAUAAGAAGUAUCUUGGAGAACUUAAUGAUGCUCCAAAUAUUUUAUAUGAACGGGAUAUCGCCUAAACGUAAUUAAGAGGAGUAAUAAACAAUGUAUAAGUAAUAAACAAUUAUUUUACUGCUAAUAAACAUAUUAAUCCUAUUUAAUAUUAAUUUUUUGUUGUAGGUAUACCCUCGUAUUUUGAUUUAGCAUUUUAAUGUAUAAAAACUAAACAACUCCAAGGUAAAAAAAUUAUAGAUUUGGAAUUUUUCUUAUAGGUAGCUAAUUAUUUAAAGUUCAUAUCGAUCGAUAACUACAAAACUAUAAUAAUAAUAUCAGUAAAUUUUAAUCGACUCUUUUUUUGUUAGAAUCCCAUUAUAAUAAGAAGAAAACCGCUACAUCAUAACCACCAUUUGAAACUUAAAAUAUACAGAGUGAAAAAUCUAACUGGAACGAAUUCUGUAACUAAUAAAUAAGGGUUUGUCGCAAAAUUCCUGAAAUAUGUCAAUUUUUACUUUU